AUGGUCCUACUAUCUUUCGGGCGUCGGGGAGCCCAACGUCCUCUACUCCUUCUCUUUUUGUUAUUUGCCCUGCUCAGCGUUGCUCGCGCAACAACUACCUCCGAAACCACCUCGACAGAAACCACUGCCACGACUACCUCUACUGAAAGUACCGCUUCCACAACCACGACAGCGACGGCGGCUGCCAGUACAACCGAUGAUCUCCCCUCUUUAUCCACCAGCACGUCAACAACCGAUGCUGCCACGACUGGUUCUUCCACUCUACCAACUCUCAGCAGUUCAUCGACGACGACGUCAUCAUCAAGCAGCACCACCACCUACCCCGUAAUCACCGUGCCACCGACGGCCGAUGCGCCGUACAUGCGCAAGACAAAGAUCCCUGAGGGAACAGUGUUCAUCGCAGUUGGCGCUGCAUUAGGUCUUAUUGGACUCAGUGUGUUGGCAUGGCGGGCUUUGGUGGCCUGGUCCGUCAACCGCUCCGUGCGUCGCGCAGCAAUGAUGCAAUCCCAGGAAUCAAAGAGGCUGCUCCGCUCUAAGAAGAAAUCGGGUGUUUACAGUGCAACUGCAGCGACCAUGUCACUCGAUAAACUUGGCCCUGGUGCCCGUUCUAGUCACCGUGCUAGUCACCGCGCGUCUAGGGUGCCAAGUACUCACAGUGGUCUCUUUUAUUCCCCAACGGCAGGAACAGGCAUGCACACAGCCGGAAACAGAGGCUCUGGGUACCUCCCUGCAGGUUACUAUACUGCCACAAAUGCUGCGGCGCCUGGUGGAGGUCAGACCAACAACCCACAACCCUUUUCUCCGCCGCCUCUUUCUCCCAUGGGGCCGACUUCUCAGGGCUACACCCGCACAAGAUCUGGUCCUAGCCCGCCCCAAUCACCACUUCUGUCCCCAACGGGUGGCCACGAAUCCGCUUACAACAGACACUCCCAUGUUGGGGCAUCGACUAGCUCUUUGAACCUGAACUCACCGCCACAGGGUAGAGCACCGAGCGCGUAUCUUGAGGAUCUCUUUGAUGGCCACACGCCGAGUCCUGACCCGCACCACAGAUAG